AUGGCGCCGUGUGUGAUGCUGCUCCCGCCGCCGCUGCUGCUGCUGCUGCUCCCGUGCGCCACCCCGGGAUCCGCUGAGAACUCCAGCCGGCCGGCCGCGCCUUAUAACUACACAAGCGAGGGGCUCCCGCACACGGGCUCCCCGCUGCUCCGCUUGUUCUACGUAGUCACCGGGCUCUGCGGCCUGAUCUCGCUUUACUUCCUCAUCCGGGCUUUUAGGCUCAAGAAGCCACAGCGAAAGAGGUAUGGACUGCUGGCCAACACCGAGGAGCACGAGGACAUGGACUCUCUGGACAGCGAAGAAGAGACUGUCUUUGAAACCAGGAAUCUGAGAUGAUGUCGAGCUGGGGAUGGCAGGCUACAAGAACAAGAAUGGACCCGUAGUUCUGCGGGGUCUGAUGUCAGCCUUCCUGGAGGGAGCCUGCACUGCCCCCCCGGGAGGCUCCAUGGACCAGGUCAGCACACAGACUUGAGGCCCCCAGGACUGGGCUGAUUUGUGUUGCUCUGUCACCCUGCCUCCCAGAAAGGACAAGGCCG